CUGGGAUCCACUGCUCCUUCCUCUCUGUCCCUCUUUUCUUUCUUUUCUUCUUUUCCUUCUUCCCCCCCCUUCAGUAUUUGCAGUCGAUAAUUAUCGUUCUGUUUCCUCCCCCCUCCUUUCCUCAUUUGCUCCCCUCUCCCUCCCCCCCUCCCCGCUCUAGACACUCUAUGCCCGCCAGCCUGAACGAUGCCGAUCCGUCCGCUUGAUGAAUGGGUCUCGUCCCGCCCCCAUCUCACCCAGACCCUCCCCCUCUCAGCUCUCAAAGGUGCCGUGGUCGGUAUUGAUGCGUCGCACUACAUCUCGCAACACCUUCUCCAGCCCUCGUUUCGCGAACCGCUCCUGGUGGCCCUGGGAGGGUUCCCUUUCGCUCUGAGAAACAACAUUGAGAGGGAACUACAGUUGUUCAAGGAGAUUGGCGUGGCUUGUGUUUUCGUUUUCGACGGACUCGACUUUGGCACCAAAAACCAACGGCCGUCAGUCCAGCCGGAGGCGGUGCAGGCGUUUGAACGGGCCUGGGACUUGUAUGACCAGCAACAGGCCGAUCAAGUAGUGGAUGCCUUUAGCGGCGCCGGCACCCCCCGACCUCACACUCUUUACCGAUUCCUGCAGCGUAUCCUGCACGACCAUAACAUCGAUUAUAUCGUCGCCCCCUACAGUGCUGCUGCUCAGGUCUUGAUCUCUCAGCCAGUCGGAGUGGAGGACUCGGAGAUCUAUCGCCAAGUCGUAGGCAGCAUCCUCACGCCGAUUCAGACCCAAUCGAUCUGCCUUCUCUCCAAUUCCCUCCACCGCUUCUAUCAGACUAAAGUCAUCCAUGUGCGUCCCUGGUAUGAUGAAAAGUCCGACACGUCGAUCAACCUGAAGACGAUCCCCUCCGUGCGGGAGACGAUCCAGUCCUGGAAGAUCCGUACCGACCAACUCCCCGAGGGGCUGAAAAAGCUGCAGGCAUCUUCCGGGCCCUUCCGAUUUGCCGUGCAGAGUCUGAAGGAUUCCGAUUUUGCAACCAAGUCUCUGUCUCUCAAAGACAGUCAGCCGCUGUCAUCCCAAGAGGAAAUCCUAUCGAACGUGUUCUGGCGAUUCUUGCAGUUGCGAGGCUAUAUCACGGAAAAGCACCAGUUGACGCCAUGGGGAGUUUGUCUCGAACAAGCACUUUCUGUCCUCGACCCGAGCGACGGUCUCGAGGAGGCUACGUUCCUGGCCAUUGAGAUGCUCCGUCUCGGCCUUUUGAAUUCCAAGCCAUGGUUUUCUCACGUGUCUGGUGGUCCCAUGAGGGGAUCAGACGAGGAUAAGAGUUUCAACAUGCUUGUUUCGCGCGUGGCCUGUGUAGCGAAACUGCAGCACAAGAGUAUAGGGUACUCGGGACCUUUGAGCCGACAGCUGCUCUGCUACCGUUCCCUGAUCGCGGCAGUCCGCUCUACGUUAAGAAACCUGAUCGAAGUCAUCUUGACGGGUCUCCUCCUGAACGGGGACGCCGAUCGCAACCGGAAUGACUGGAGUGAUCUGAGCGUGAAGCUACCGUUCAUCGACGACAAUGACUGCGGAUUGGGGAUUGCCGUCCGCACCUAUUUGGAUGAUCUGCCUCUGCAGGCCGAUCCUACUUCGCCCGACGCGCGCACCGAGGUCAAGUCUAAGGGCAAGGAUUGGUUCCAGCACAGUGAAAGCUUCACGGGCAACCUGGACCUGGCCUUCAAACUGUGGGAUGCGGUCUACAAAGGUACCCAGAAUGCAGGGCGAGAAGUCAAGGAUGCGAAAGUCUGGGCGACCGCGAACCAGUGGUUGGAACAGAGACGUUGAGUGCUGGUACUCUGACUCGAAAAACACCAAAGCGCGAGCAGUCAUGACCAGCGCCCGCUUCCUAUCUACAUUCGAUUUGCACGGACGCUUCGACCUUGGGUUCAUGCAAGCUGUAUAAGUAGGACAAGAGAGACGAAUGUGAUGACACCACCCACCACGUGAUGAUCCGGUGAUAUGGCGCCGGAAUGUAGUGUAGCUGUAGAAUACUCUAUUCUUCUUCUCCUUUUCCC